AUGAUUUUCUUGAGGAUAAGUAUAGACUUACCUUACCCUAGAGGCAUCACAACCUCGAACGCUUUGACAUUGGCAUCACCUGAAGAAUACAAACCAGCGGCGUCGGCGGGGGCCAACGUCGGUGGUCUGCCAGGCUUCAACCGUCUACCAACCACCUUCACAACGACAGGCACUGGUGGACAUAGGAUAGCACCAGUAGCGGGUGCUGGGGCAUAUACUGCACUCCAAAAUAGCGUUUAUGGAUCUGAUUGGCCGUACUCAACGACGCCAGUCGACACGUACGGGGGUACUACAGGACUCGCCGCUACACAUAGAAACAGGCCGGUGUCUGCUGCAGCGAGUUUAUCAGCAAGUAAGUUGGCGAUGGAUAGUUUUUGA